UCAUUCUUAAUGUGUAUAUAAACCAAGCAUGGCAUUACCAAAUUAUUGGAAUAUCAAACUUCCACUGAGAUUUGCUUGCUUACUACAGUGCAAGCAUAAUAAUAUUAAUAUUAUACCUUAAGAUAAGGAUUUGAUCUCAUUUGCACGUACGUUGAGAUCAUGGAAUGGAAGAAGUGUUAUUUGGAUGUAAUAUUGGUGCCAAUAGCAAUUCUUUUAAGCAUUGGUUACCAUGUUUGGCUUUGGUAUAAUGUUAAAACUCAUCCACACACAACUAUCAUUGCCAUCAAUGCCAGUGGUAGACGGAAUUGGGUUGCUGCCAUGAUGAAGGACAAUGAGAAGAAAAAUAUCCUAGCUGUUCAAACACUGAGGAACACACUAAUGGGUUCAACCCUAAUGGCCACAACCUCUAUUCUCCUCUGUUCAGGUUUAGCAGCAAUCAUAAGUAGCACCUACAGUGUUAAAAAGCCUCUCAAUGACACAGUAUAUGGAGCACAUGGAGAAUUUAUGGAAGCACUUAAAUAUGUCACACUUCUCACUAUCUUCUUAUUCUCAUUCUUUUGUCACUCUUUAUCAAUAAGGUUUAUAAAUCAAGUGAACAUUCUUAUCAACACACCACAAGAUUCAAUGUCAUUGGUGACUCCAUCAUAUGUUAGUGAAAUAUUGGAAAGAGGGUUUACUUUAAACACUGUUGGUAAUAGACUCUUCUAUUCAGCACUUCCUUUGUUGUUGUGGAUCUUUGGUCCUGUUUUGGUGUUCCUCUGUUCUCUCACUAUGGUUCCUUUGCUUUAUAAUCUUGACUUUGUGCUUACUAAGGGAAAGAUGGACCCAAAUGAGAACAGGGAUUUUGUUUGAGUUUAUAAUGUGACUAUGUGUUUUAACUUUUGAGUUUGUUUGUCAAAACAGAAACUUCUAAUGUUUCAUUGGUCUUUUUUUCAAUGAUUAGAAAUGUAAGUGUAAUGUGAUCUUCUCUUGCUGUAAUAAUGUUUUAGAGGAUAAUUUGACUCUGUUCAAUAACAAGGAUUGUGAAUACAAGUGCAAAUCAUUUGUCUGAA